AUGCUAGUUUGUUCAAGCCAGGAUGUUCUCCCAGAGAUAGACACGCCUUUGGGCAGAGUUCGGGGAUAUUGGAAGACAAUAGAAGGCAUAACUUAUGCUGCUUUUGAGGGAAUCCCGUACGCAAAACCACCAGUGGGAGAUCUGAGGUUCGAGGAACCUGAACCCAUUCCAGCUUGGUCAGGAACUUGGGUGGCCAACGCUCCUCAUACAUGUUCCCAAGGUCCUGUUCUUUCCACUCUUGAAGAAAUAUCUGGAAACGAAGACUGCCUCUACUUAAACGUGUAUAUCCCAGAAGAUUCCGUGGAGAACCCCAAGCCCCUUGACGUUAUAGUUUCAAUCCACGGAGGUGCCUUUAUGGGCGGCAGCGGCAGCGCGGAUUUGAAUACGUUCCUAGACAAGGAGGUCGUGCUUGUAUCUAUCAAUUACCGUGUUGGUAUUCUAGGAUUCCUUAGCACGGAAGAUGACGCCAUACCCGGAAACAACGGCCUGAAGGACCAAGUCUUAGCACUCAAGUGGGUCCGGGACAACAUCGCUUCGUUUGGGGGAAACCCCGACUCCGUUACCAUAGUGGGCUUUUCAGCGGGAGGCGCCAGCGUCCACUUCCACUACUUCUCACCCCUCUCUAAAGGUUUAUUCAUCAGAGGGGUGUCUCAAAGCGGUACAGCUAUAGCACCGUCGGCAACGAAGAAAAAUGCUUUGCAACGCGCUAAGAAGCUUGCUGUGUUGUUGGGCUGUCCUGACAGCCCCUCGGAAGAACUGAAGAAGUGCCUUAAGCAGAGACCUGUACAAGAUAUACUAAAUCAGUUGAAAUAUUUCUAUGGUUUCGACCUUUUGCCAUUCGCGCCUUUUGCGCCGGUGGUGGAAAAAGGAUCAACGAACGCUUUUCUAGACGCGGAACCUUACCAGCUUUUGAAGGAAGGUAAAGUCCACGAUGUGCCUUGGAUAACCUCCUUCACUACCGGUGAAGGAUUGCUUCUUACAGGACUUCUUUGGCAAAAGUUGGAAGAG